AUGGGUAUAGUUGUGUUAUUACUCAUUAUAUUUGAGCAGCUUUUCAUGAGAACUUAUGGCGGAUUGAAUUUGCCCGAUGAGACUGUCCAAAUUAUUAAUUCAGAUUUUAACUAUUUGAGAAAUAUAGGUUAUUUACAGCCAUUAAGACUAGGCUCAUUUGGGCACUUAUCUCGCUCAAAAACACCUAAAUAUACCGUUAUUUUUAUGCAUGGAUUUGUAGUGGAUAGUAGCUCUCUAUAUCAGCUAACCUCUAAAUUUUUUGUUAGAAUGGUACGGCAUUUGGAUCAUUACGACCAGGGAUAUAGUAAUAAUGUUCAAUUAAUUGCUCCAAAUUGGCACAAAGAAUUUAUUCCCUUUACUGAGAGAAUGCCAGAUGUAACUCUUACUACGUUUAAAGCAGGAAGACCAUCAGCAGAUCAAUAUAUCUUACAGGUAGUGAGUUUAAUUGCCUUUAUUAAUAGUUUAGUAAGGCAAGGCAUUAUUUCUUCACUUGAAAAUACAGGUAUACACGGAAAUUGCCUAGGAGGAAUUAUUGGUAUCGCUGCAUCUCUCGGAAUGAAAUCGAGUAUUGGGGCAGUUGCGACAUGCAACUCUGCUUUGUUACAUCCGGACUUAAUCAGAAGGAAGAUACUGAGAAAGUCUGCCUUAAAAACUUCCUUUUUGUUGAUUCAAGGUGAUGAAGAUAAGAUAAUUCAUCAUAAGUUUGCUUCUGUAACCGAAUCUGUUCUUAAAGAAUGGGGUGUUAAGAGCGUUCUACUUCACAGAACAAGAGGUGGGCACUUCCCUGUCAUGGCAAAACAUCUAUAUACAGGUUUCAGAUUCAUUGCAUCUGUUCUUCUUAAAAGACCAGAAGUAUUUCGUCUUGAAGACUCUUAUGACACCGAACUAAUUGCAAAAACAAAGAAAAGAGUGGACAACACUACAGAAAUUGUUCCUAUCAUUCCCAAUAUAAUUCCUAAUGACAGCAUUAAAAGCUUUAAUAACACCAUAUGA